GUGGGCCGCACGGGCGCCGGCAAGUCCUCCGUCAUCGCCGCCCUCUUCCGGAUGACCGAACCCGAGGGCUGUGUCCUCAUCGACGGCGUCGACACCAAAUCCAUUGGUUUGCAUGACUUGCGACGCGUCAUAUCAAUCAUACCUCAGGAUCCGGUCAUCUUCACGGGCUCUGUGCGCAAGAAUUUGGAUCCGUUUGACGAGCACUCGGACGACAAACUGUGGGCCGCUUUAGAGGAGGUGCAGCUCAAGGAGCUGAUAGUUCAACUGCCUGGACAUCUGGACGGUAUGGUGACUGAAGGGGGCAGUAAUUUGAGCGUAGGUCAGCGCCAGUUGGUAUGUCUGGCCAGAGCUAUACUCCGCGACAAUAAGAUACUGGUGUUGGAUGAGGCGACCGCUAACGUGGACCACAAAACCGAUUAUUUGAUACAAAACACAAUCCGUAAUAAAUUCAACGAUUGCACAGUUAUUACGAUCGCCCACAGACUCAACACUAUUAUAGAUUCCGAUAAAGUCAUUGUUUUAGACGCGGGGGAGAUAGUGGAGUGCGGAAUGCCUUAUGAAUUGCUCGGCAAUAGUGAGGGUCUGUUCAGUAAACUGGUCCGACAGACCGGGAAGAAUAUGUCACUGAAGUUGAGACAAAUGGCGAAAGAGAGCUAUUGUGACAAAUUUGGUGUCAAUCUGAAGGAGAAGGGGUCGGAAGACAACGAUUAUGACUCCCAAUGA